AUGAGGACACGCUUCCCCGGCCGCACCGUGCUGUCGUCGCUGAGUUCUCACAUCUGCAUCGUCAACUUCGGAUCUGGGCAUCGGACUUUAGAUGGAAAUGAUCCGAUAAAAACCGGGUCCGUCAAUAACUGGAGUCCGUUCACUUCAGCCUCGCAUUGGCUAAAGGGCGUCAAGGUCGUUCUGGCACAUGCGGCCCACGUGACAUCUCCGCUUUGCGCUCUUAAGGGUUUCUUCCGCGCCUCCGCCGCCGUCCCACACCUCAUCGCAGAGCCCAUUCCUUCCUCUGCCGACGCGACCGCACCUGCUCCGCCAAUGCCGACGGUGAGCGUCGGAAGGGACCGCCUCUUCGCCGCCCUCGGCAAAACUUACACACAGGAGGAGUUCGAAGCCCUCUGUUUCGAGUUCGGCAUCGAGCUCGACGAUGUGACUACGGAGAAGGCAAUUAUUCGGAAGGAGAAGCAUCUCGAAGAUGAUGAUGCUGACGAAGAGGACGAGGAGGUCAUAUACAAAAUCGAAGUCGCCGCCAAUAGAUAUGAUUUGCUCUGUCUCGAAGGGAUUGCUCGAGCUCUCAGAAUUUUUAUUGGAAGUGAAAAAAGUCCUCUAUAUACAAUCUCUGAUGUCCCACCUAAGUCUAUGCUUAGAAUGCAUGUUAAACCUGAGACCUCAUUGAUCCGACCGUUUGUCGUUUGUGCCAUUCUAAGAGGAAUAGCCUUUGAUGAAGCCAGAUACAACAGCUUCAUUGAUCUUCAAGAUAAACUCCACCAAAAUAUAUGUAGGAGAAGGACCUUAGUUGCUAUUGGGACUCAUGAUUUGGACACAAUACAGGGUCCUUUUACAUAUGAGGCUUUGCCACCUCAGGAGAUUAAUUUUGUGCCUCUAAAGCAGGUAGCAUACACAUUUAUUUAUGAUCGUUGGCGCAGGUGA